UGACAGCAAACGUCUAACGCGUCACAUGACGCAGUGGAGACUCAUGGUUGGUUGACCUCCGAGUCAUGACGUCACAGCGCCCAGUUCUGAUUUCGGCUAGUCGUGGUCGCAGACCUGUCACUUACUGACACUUAUUAAGCUACCAUUGAGCAUCGCCAUGGCGACCCAGAGUUCGCCACCUCAAGAUUAUGAGCCUGGUAAGCUGUUUGUUGGUGGGCUUGACUUUGGCACCUCGGAAGCCUCAUUAGAAGAGAAGUUCAGCCAGUUUGGGACGGUUACAGAAUGCAAGAUCAUAACGGACCGGGACACUGGAAGAUCUCGGGGCUUUGGAUUCAUCAAAUUCGACACCCCCGAUGAAGCAGAUGCUGCUCGAAACGCCAUGCAGUUCCAGCAGCUUGACGGUCGGACGAUACGUGUGGACUAUGCUAGUGCAAAGCGUGGAGGCGGUGGUGGUGGUAGCUAUGGGGGAGGAUAUGGGCGUGGCCGGGGUGGUUUCCGUGGCGGCCGUGGGCGUGGUUAUAAUAACAGUGGUAGAGGCGGCUACUAUGGUGGUGGUGGUGGUGGUGGUAACUACUACGGCGGUGGCGGCGGUACCUACUACGGUGGCGGUGGCCAGUAUCAAACCGACUACGGCGGUGGCGAUAGCUACGGAGGUGGGAGCUAUGGUGGAAGCUAUGGUGGCGGCAGUUACGGUGGCGGAAGCUACGGUGGCGGCUACGAGGGGGGUAGCUAUGAAGGCAGCUACUAGCGAAGUCUUUCUCUGCAUCCCCAUGCUAUCAGAGUGUCUGCAAUGUUUUGCCAAUAUAUAAAGUACUUUGUGUUUUGUUCAUCGUACAUGCUUAGCAUCGGUGUGCCACACACUACUAGUAUAUGUGUAAUGUCGGUCUUUUUCAGUCCCAACUGUAUAACACAUGGAUUUCUGACAGGUUUCAGCUGUCGGUUUCACACCAUUACAGUUCACUGACUGAAUUUUCAAAAAGCCAUUUGGUCUUUACAGGUUAUUCUGACCCACUCACUUUUGUUUUGCAUUUUGUUGGAAUUGUAAGAAGUAUGGGUUAACAGUACCCAGAGUAAAGUCCAGCAUGUCCAAUGUAAAAAUGAGUGGUUAAAAAUUUGAUGAGGGCCCAAAAGUCUGUUGACAAGAAAAAGGGUAAAAUUUGUUUUGGAAGGACGGCCCAAAACCCCUAUCUUGCGACUAUUUGACACAGGUGAGCUUUUGCUCUAAAAUGACGUUACAAACUGUUUACCAAAAAUGGAUGUUUUUUUUCUUUAGAACAUUGUUGCAGGUUGAGAAUUAGAUAUGGUAUUGAGUAACUACAAUAUUGGGACAUAUGGUAUCCCAGCAUAAUUGUUGCAUUCCUUCUACAACCCUAUCCCAUUUCCAAGCGAAAUGUUUAUGAUGCACAGCAGUACCUCAUGGCCAUAGAUAAAAGCAUUUUAAACAGCAGCAGAAAAAGUGAUGUACCUACAUAUAUUUCUCAGGGUACAGCAGUGUUUUGAUGUGCAUCGAAAACUAGUUAGUAAAGCUACAUAAUCAACUUCCACUCACGAUAGUAUUAGAUAGUUCACUUGUUUUGAGAAACAUUGUAGUCAACUUCCAAUGAAGUGUUAUAGUACAAUGGAAGUUGACAUUGUUAAUUGAUGUUGUGGUUUGUGCACGCUAUGUAUCUACUUGUAGUCACCAGAGUAAAAUAAUCAGACCUAAGAAAGAUGGACAACAGAAAAACUUUCAAGGAAGGAGAGCUUGUGAAGAAUCUUGAGAAAAUCACGUAUGUACAUUGGUUUAGCAUGACGUUGACCUAUUUUUGAAGAAACUCCGAAGAGAACAUGUUCUUUUUACCAGGCAAACCUAGUUUUGUAUACUCAGGACUGAUCGAAGACUUUUGUACCUUGUUACAGCUAAAUGAAAAGUUAAGAGCCUUAUAGUGUCAACUUUGAAUUGAGAAAAAAGGUGAAAGAGAUGUUGCUCAAAGAUGUAUAUCGUUGAAGAAAUAGUUUUGUAUGUUUUUGUCAAAGCCUUUUGGGAUUGAAGAACUGGUUGAUAGCUUCUACAGUGUUACUGAAAUGAUUUUGUUUUAACGCCUACUUGUAUGUAUUGAAAAGGUUCUUUCCUCAGCAACUAAGUACACUCGAGUUCCUCCAUGUACGUUGGUCCGUAGUUUUAUUCCAGUGCAAAUGAAAAGUGAAAUUUUGUGAGCAUGAAUUUCUGAAAAGUGCCUGUGAAAAUGUGACUAUCCAACUGUAUGAAUACCGAUUUCAAAAAUUAUUUGUUGAUUAUUGUCUUUUAACAAAGAUCACUUUGCAAGGGCUCUGCACACACUUUGUUGCAAUACGUUUUUAAGUCAUGUUUCAAAUACGAGAAAAAAAUGUAGGAUACGAUUUUCGAUUAAGUUUAAAGUAUUCAGCUUACAUUGACAUGUAAACUAGCGAACACAAAUUUUUUUUUAGUAAAAUUUCUUCCACCACUUACCUCUGAAACUCUUAACCUCAGUGAAGCACAGAGAAACUUUAUGCAUGUAACUUUCAUUUCUUUCAAAGCACUAUCAAAGAUUAUUACAUGUUGUCUCGGACUAGUCACCAAGCUUCCUUGUAAACAUGGCAAACAAAACUUUUGUACAUAACCACUACAGGAAACACUAUGAACUGAUGAAAUAAACCAUGGUGACACUA